AUGUCAACCAUAGCACUGCCGACACGCAAACAUCUCGAGUUAGAGCUCAUGCAUCGGUGGACGACACGUACCUUUCGGAGCCUUGUAGGGAUACCCGAUGACAUUGAACUCUGGCAAACUCUGGCACCCAAAGACGCCCUAAAAUUCGACUUCUUAAUGGACGGCAUCUUGGCUCUUUCGGCUUUAGACAUUGCUGUUUCCCCUUGCGCAGCUGACGUCUCCGUUUACGUCCAAGCAGCUCUCCAAUAUUAUGAACAGGCCAGUGGCCAGUACCGGUGGCAACUUAGUAAUUUGACUAAAGAAAAUCAUCAGGCGGUGUUUCUCUUUGGUCUGCUGGCUGUGGCCAUCAACCUUGUCAUUCCCCAUUGUGUCUCUGACGGGCUCGAACAAACGAGCACAUUGGACCACGUUCUGGUGGCAUUUGAUCUACUUCAUGGAAUCUCGGCCAUCACGCUCAGCUGCUGGGACUGGCUCAAAGAUGGCCCAAUCACAUUUCCGUUGGAAGAAUUCCGUCGGAACCCGCUCCACCUGCUAGAUGACAACACCAAGAAGUCGAUCAAGCGUCUCCACGCUGUAAACGAAGCCCAUCGAACCCCUAACGGACAGGGGCUAGCCAAGACCUCUGAUGCUACAAGACAGCUCUUCAAGAAUUGUAUUAUCAAUCUCGAGUUCCUCUUUGCCAAAGAAAUCGAAGAUGAAAUCCGCUGUAUAUGUACAGCAUUUCCAGGGCUGUGCGGAAAGGAGUUUACGUCCGCUGUGGCGGAAUCAAAUCCCAUGGCACUUUUCAUCUUGAUGCACUGGGGAGUGCUUCUGGCACGACUCGGCCACGAUGCGUGGUGGGCGCGGCCGGCGGGCAAGAAUCUAGUCGCAGAAUUGUCCGUAUCUUUGGCUCUGCUCCAAAAUGACUACGCUCCGGAAUGGGAGGAGGGCAUUCUGUGGGCGAGAAACGAAGCUGAGCUUCAAGGCCUUGCCCAGGUGGGCGGCGUGUCCAUCCUUGUCUAAGCGUUCUCCCGGGCGACAAGCAAAGUUGUCACCCGCCAUCCAUGCAUGCCAGAAACAGCGGUUCUUGGAGUUUGUCGGAAAGAGGAGCAUUGCAAUAUUGGUGGCAUAAAUACGGCGUUAUGUACCAGGUGGCCAAUUUUAUACCACCUAGGUGAUGAACAACUCCACGCGCCUUGUCCUGAUAAUUACGAUUACGGGUAGGCAUGGUUAUACUGGGCAAUUACUUCUGCACAACAGUGGACUUUUGUAAACGAUUUUCUACAGCCGACAAGUCUACCUCAGCC